AUGUUCCGCACCUUGGCCUGGACUCUUCUUCUUCCUGCAGCGGUGGCUGCUAUCUCUGACCCGGACUGGGAGGCCUUCAAGCACAAGUACAAGAAGAGCUAUUCCAGCAAGGGCGAGGAAGCGGCCCGCUACCAGCUGUUCAAGGCAACGCAGCAGCGAGUCGAUCAUCUGAACAAGCUCAAUGGUGAGCCCGCCUUCGGCAUCACCUGGAUGGCCGACCGUCAUGAGGAGGAGAAGUACAAGAGGGGGCACCGCAAGCCCAAGGGCUUCGUCCCCGUUGCGCCGGUUCAGAACUUCUCCGACGCCACGGCCACGGCCGUUGACUGGCGCCUCACGGAGGCGGUGACGCCCAUCAAGAACCAAGGGCAAUGCGGCUCCUGCUGGGCCUUCAGCGCGACCGAAGCCAUCGAGUCCCAGCUGAUCCUGGCCUCCGGCGGCAGGUACGACAUCGCACUGUCUCCUCAGCAGAUCACCAGCUGCGCCCCCAGCACCGGAACUUAUGGUUGCCAAGGAUGCAACGGAGGCUUCACCGAGGGUGCCUACGAAUAUCUCAAGACUGUUCCGGGCCUCGCCAACAGUUUCUACAUCCCUUACCAGCAGAGCCUCACAGAGUCCACAGAGACUGUCUCCUGCCCGAAGGAGAAGGUAGCAGCGAUGGACGGUCCUUACAUGCAGCUGUCAGGCGGGUAUGCAGCCGUGACAGGCUACAGCUACGCCGUGAAACCCUGCACUGAGGGGAGCUGUGAAAAUCAGGACCUGAAGGGACUGGCAGCUGCUUUGGAGAAAUCGCCCAUCUCCGUGUGUGUCAAUGCAGGCGUGUGGAACGAUUACACCGGUGGUGUUUUGUCAGCGGCAGCAUGUGGCCCGAUGGGCGCGGCAUAUCAGGACCACUGCGUGAUGGCCGUGGGCUUCAACGCCACAGCGCCGAAACCGUACUGGAUCGUUCGCAACUCCUGGGCAUCGACCUGGGGAAUGCAGGGCUACAUCUACCUGGAGAUGGCCAAGAACACCUGUGGCGUCGCAGACGAUGCAACGAUCCCCGAGGUCAAGGUGGACCUUUCGGAGGAGGAGUCGCAGGAUGCGGCAGCCCGGCGGGCCGCGAUGUUCCGACGUGCCAGCACCGGGUCGUCCACGCCGGCCACCCCAGUGCCUUUGGUCGUGUGA